AAGCGACCUGGUCCGCAACGUUGGACACAAUAAAACUGCUCUCUAGAAUAUCACUACAAGAAGGGCGUGGCACAAUGAAGAGUGUUAUAUUGAUAAUGGUGGUUGCACUUUUUGCACCUUCGCUGGUUGCAGGUGUAAAGAAGUAUCCACGAUUUCCACAUGAUUUCCGUUUUGAACCAUUUACCCAACCCACCACUGAUCCUUAUACACCUUAUGGAUAUAGCUAUAAAUGUAUAACAUGGGACAACACAGCUAUGUCGAAUGCUUAUUCAUGGAAAGGUUACUUUUGUUGGAGAGUAGGACCUACACUCUUAGAUGCUGAGAUUCAAUGGUCAACUAACGGUAAAAUUUGUUUAUUACUCCUCUCUGUUUUGGAAUUUUUAAGGAUUUUUGGAUGGAUUUUUUGGACUUGUUUGCAACAGAUUCGAUUAAGUUUUUAAUAUAAAUGCUUGAGAAGAAAGGCUACUAAAAAAAAGGAUUUAAUUUCUUACAACUGAUCUGAAUAACCAUAUAUCGGCUAUUAUGCAAGAAUUUUUAUAUUUUUACAUUUAUUUUAGGACAUUGUUUUGUAAAUACACUCUACUUUAGGUCCAAUCGCAAACAAAAGAUGUACCCAUAUCACCGAACCUGAUGAUCAAGAUGCUUCAGGAAAUCCACGAAUGCGAAACUCGUACUUGUGUGUACCAACAGAUUCUCCUUACCAUUUUGCUUUCUCUAACUCUGGAUUGAUCCAAAGUCCAUGCUCUGACUGCUUAGCCACACAGAUCACAUCAACAACAAACUACGGAUGGGGAAACAAUUAUUUGUGUAGUCUUUGUAUCACUCUUGUGAGCGGUAAGUAGUGCAUGUCACCACGUGUUAAGUAUUGUACACUAACAAAUAACAAGUUUUAUAUAAUGAUUUUUCUAAAUUUAGGACCGCAAGGACCACAAGGACCUAUUGGACCUAAAGGACAGAUAGGUAAUCAAGGAUUCAAAGGACAACAAGGGGAGAAAGGAGACAAAGGUUUUACAGGGAGAACAGGACCAGACGGCUACCAAGGCGCAAAAGGAGAAAAAGGAGAUAUGGGUGACAAGGGUGACACUGGUGAUCAAGGUCCUGCAAAUUCUCCUGCACUAAAGGGUAUAAAAGGUGACCGAGGUGAUCAGGGACCCAAUGGACGUCAAGGAUUCACUGGAGAUGAAGGAUUUAAAGGUAUUACUGGUGACGUCGGCGUUGCAGGUUCAGUUGGAAUGAAAGGCGAAACUGGUGAUGCAGGGCGUAAUGGCAGAAAGGGGGAAAAAGGUAUGACAGGAAUCAAAGGACUGACAGGAGUGAAAGGAGAUAGAGGUGAUGCAGGAAGUCAGGGUAAUGAUGGGGUUGCUGGCACUGAUGGAAGCAAAGGUCUCACCGGAGACAGAGGAGAUAAAGGAGAAGCCGGUGACACUGGAUCAACAGGACCAAAUGGAGCCAAUGGUGUGAACGGUAUUGAUGGCGCCAAUGGAGGAAAAGGAGCUAAAGGAGUGUCAGGAGAUAAGGGACUUAAAGGAGAUGUUGGGGAGGAAGGCUUGAUGGGAAAUCAAGGAGAAAAGGUACAAAAUUAUAUUAUAGCCUCCACUUUUUUGCCAAGAAGGAGAAUGUGUUUUUUUAUAAGGGUAUCAUGUUUUUUAAUCAAUUAUGGAAGACAAGGGAUGCAAGGAUCUGGGCGUGGUUGGACCAAAAGGUCGGUAUACUACCGUAUUUUUAUAAUUACCAUCAAAUGGGUACAUACAUGUUUCUUUUUGUUUUACCGUCUUUUUAUCACAGGAUUUAAAGGAAGGACUGGUGCUACUGGUAGCAGAGGAACAACAGGGGCUACCGGAUUAAAAGGAGAAAGAGGCGUACGAGGCGAUAAUGGGGCAAAUGGAAAUAGAGGCUUAAAGGGAGGGAAAGGUCUUAAAGGAGAUGUUGGAGACCGUGGAGCAACCGGAGCACAAGGUGCAAAAGGAUUUAAAGGUGAUACUGGAGAUGAAGGAGCACAGGGAGCAACAGGAAGUAAGGGUGAAAUUGGAGAUCAAGGACCUGUUGGACACCAAGGCGAGACUGGAUACGAUGGAGCACAAGGAUCCGAUGGAGAACAAGGAGAAAAAGGAGACCAAGGAGACACAGGAGACCAGGGAGCAAAUGGACAACAAGGACAAAAGGGACAAACUGGAAAUAAAGGUGCAAUAGGAGAUAUCGGAUUCGUUGGCGAAACUGGCAUUAAAGGAGAAAAAGGAGACAGAGGAGACACUGGUGCCACAGGUGCAAAAGGAGCUAGAGGUGACCAAGGUGAAACUGGUUUCACGGGCGCUACAGGACAAACUGGUAAUACUGGAGCAACUGGCAUCAAAGGUGAAACUGGUGAUACUGGCGUUAAAGGCCUCGAUGGCGUUAAAGGUAAACAUUUUUCCGAUGUAUUAUUGAUAUCGUUUAAGCGAUUUUUAGUUUUACAGAAGAUAUAUAAAUUUAAUUCAAUUUCUAUGGUAGGAAUUGACGGGGAAAAGGGGGAGAAAGGAGACCAAGGCGAUGCUGGACCAUCUGGAGGACCAGGUUUUAAAGGAGAAAAGGGUGACAAAGGAGAUCAAGGUGACGAUGGAGACAGGGGAUCUAAAGGAGCAACUGGUGAUUCAGGUUUCAAUGGAAGCAAUGGCGUAAAAGGUGAUAGAGGAGACAAAGGUGAUACUGGUGAUCAAGGACAACAAGGUAUCGCUGGUGCCGAUGGAUCGAAUGGAAGCAAGGGAGGAAAAGGUGAUAAAGGUGACAAAGGAGACACGGGAAACGUUGGAUAUACUGGCGCACAAGGUGGUAAAGGUGAUAAAGGUGACGGUGGUAACCAAGGACCCAAAGGAGAUGUAGGAUUUGCUGGUCCAGCUGGUAAGAAUUUUAAUUGGUCAUUUGGUUUACGUUUGCAUUUACUUUAUUAAUACAGUAGAUAAUUUUUUUUAUUUUCCUGAGAAUGUUGAUUCGUUUUAUAAUAAACUUAUAUUUAUUUUUAUAGGUGCCAAAGGUGACAAAGGUCCAAAAGGUCAACCUGCAUUCUUUUCUCUCGGAUGCACACUGAAAAAAUUAGCUGGUAAUACUGUAACAUGCGGAAGUGGAAAAGUACUUGGCUGCAGUUGCACGACAUGUAGUAAAUACGAGCUUUCAAAUGAUGGCAAGACCUGCACAUGCAAAUGCCCUGCACCAAAACCACCAGCAGGACAACCUAGCUACUAUGCACCAAAGGUAGUUAUCAAUUUUUUUUUAUAAAGUCAAAAAUCUAUUGAUCAAUCUAAUGAAACUUAGUGGUGUUGUUAAGCGAAAUUUACCUUGUUGUUGAAACAGGUUAACAGGAUAACACGUAAAUAUUGUGUUACUUUAUUUUAACGAAACUCUGAUUCUUUAGGUCUUUGCAACGGCACAAUGUUGUCAAGCCCUCACGAAGACAACUCACGAUGAACCGGCCGCUGAUGCACCUGAAGAAGAUCUGGAUGAGUUUGAUACAGAGCUUCAACAACGCAUCAAGGAUGAACGAAAAAGACAAAUGGAAGACGCCAGUUCAAGCAAAGUCAUUCUUGACGAUGAACUUGAAAAAGAUUUAGAAAACGAAUCCUUCCAUGACGAAUAAUAGAGCGCUAUAAAAUAAUAUCCUGGGUUUCAUAUAGUCCUUAUUCCCUAUGUUUGCAUACUGUAAGAUUCCU